AUGGCCCGUACGAAGCAGACUGCCCGGAAAUCAACCGGUGGCAAGGCGCCACGCAAGCAGCUCGCGACGAAAGCAGCGAGGAAAUCUGCACCGGCCACGGGAGGAAUAAAGAAGCCGCACCGCUACAGGCCAGGGACCGUAGCCCUCCGGGAAAUCCGCCGGUACCAGAAGAGUACGGAGUUGCUCAUACGCAAGCUCCCCUUCCAGCGGCUCGUCCGCGAGAUUGCCCAGGACUUCAAGACUGACCUGCGGUUCCAGAGCUCCGCCGUCAUGGCCAUGCAAGAAGCCUGCGAGGCUUACCUCGUUUCACUCUUCGAGGACUGUAAUCUGUGUGCGAUCCAUGCCAAGCGCGUCACUAUCAUGCCCAAAGACAUGCAACUCGCUCGAAGAAUUCGCGGAGAACGCUCAUGA